GGGGGAGGUAUGAGGAGUGUUUGGGAUUGACAGUAUAAAGGAGAAAGCUGUCUUCCCCCUCCCCUGGUGACCAUUGCAGGAGACCAACACCAGCCCCCCCAACCUUGGAGAAGGCCUAGCCUCAUGUCCCCAGUGAGGUGAAGCCCAGACAUCUCACUGUGGCAGCUGAGUCCUUUAUGACUGGCCCCAGUCUUCCUAGCAUUCCCACACUGCAAGUUCUGCAAAACUAGAUGAGGAAACUGAGACCCCAAAAGAGACAGCAACUUGCACAGGGUCACCUCCAACAUGCAGAUUCCUGCCAUGACGUCUUUGCUACUUCUGUUCAUGGGCAUCAUGCAAGCACUUCAGGCCCAAAGCCACCCCAUCACACAACGAGACCUCUUCUCUCAAGAAAUGCCCCUGGACAUGGCCCUGGCCUCCUUUGAUGACCAGUAUGCUGGCUGUGCAGUAGCCAUGGCAGCAGCUCUCCCCGACCUCAACCACACGGAAUUCCAGGCCAACAAAGUGUAUGCAGACAGCUGGACUCUGGCAAGCAGCCGAUGGCAGGAGCGCCAGGCUUGGGGGCCAGAGUGGGGCCCCAGCCCUACACGGUUCCCCCCACCGCCCCCAGGCUUCCGUGAUGAGCACGGGGUGGCCCUCUUGGCCUACACAGCCAACACUCCCCUGCACAAGGAGUUCAACACAGCUGUGCGUGAGGCAGGCCGCUCCCGGGCCUACUACCUCCAACACUUCUCCUUCAAGACACUCCAUUUCCUGCUGACUGAGGCCCUACAGCUGCUAGGUAGAGGCCAGCAUCCGCCCCGGUGCCACCAGGUGUUCCGAGGGGUGCAUGGUCUGCGCUUCCAGCCAGCAGGGCCCAGGGCCACGGUAAGGCUGGGGGGCUUUGCCUCUGCGUCCCUGCAGAAUGUUGCAGCCCAGAGAUUUGGUGAGGACACCUUCUUUGGCAUCUGGACUUGCCUUGGGGCCCCUAUCAGGAGCUACUCCUUCUUCCCUGGGGAGGAGGAGGUGCUGAUCCCCCCCUUCGAGACCUUCCAGGUGGUCAAUGCCAGCAGACCAGCCCAGGGCCCCGCCCGCAUCUACCUCCGGGCCCGGGGCAAGCACAGCACAUACAACUGCGAGUACAUCAAAGACAAGUGCAAGUCUGGGCCCUGCCAUCUGGAGAAUUCAGCCAUGGGUCAGGGCCCCCUCUCCGCAGUUUGGUUCCUCCUGCUGCUGCUCUGGUUCCUUGUGGUGGGGGCCUUUCCAGAGAGUCCAGGCCACCGCUGAUCCAUCAGACACUGAACAGCCCUGCCUGCCACCUCUGCCCAACCUGAGGAUGUUGACUAUGUGUGUACUUUAAGUGUAGCCAAGAUCCCUGGCAAACCCAUUUGCAGGGAACUCUAGGCCUUCUUCUGGUGGAAAAAUAGAGAAUUUUGGGACUUACUCUACCCAGGGCUCUGGGAUAGAAACAGAAUCGAGGUAGGUGGAUUCCAAGACCAACAGCAACUCACUUGAAGAUGGAAGAGACUUCAACUCAUUUGGGGAGUUACUGGGGGGAAAAGCACUUGGCCAUGGCACUUUAUGGUGUUACUUGAAUGCCUCACAUGUCCACCUGGAAAGCGCCUAUUCAUUCCUCCAAGAAGCCUUCUCUGAUCUCUCCCACUUGGCUGGGUUAGGGGCCCUGCCUCUGUGCUCCCAUGGGCCCGUGUCCUUCCCUACACCACGUCCAUGUCUGUGUCCCAUGUCAGACUGUGAGCUUCCUGAGGGUAGGGACUGGGUCUGAGGUAGAGGUGGUGCCAGGAAAUGCAUGAAAGUCAGAAAGGAACAAAUACCUGUGAACGGUUCAUCCCUGCACUGUCCCUGCCUUGGACACUGUCAAGCUUUCUAAACAUCAGUGUGUGGAAAUGGGGUGGACUGACAGUAUCUAACUCCAGAGAACAGAGAGCAGGAGAGAUGGCAGAGAGAGCUUCAGGCCUCUCUCAGGGGCUCAGUCAAAUCCCAGUCAUUUUCUUGUCAGCAAAUAUGUAAUUUCUGCUCUGAUCCAUGAGUCCUGAGGUUUCUGUCUCCAGACAGACAAACCUGAAUCUGCAACUUCCACCACCAUGGGCCCCAAAGGUAAGACAAGACAUGGAAGAGGUGCUAGGCACACACUUUAUUAGGAGUUGGGGCUUUGGGGCUAAAUGUCUGUGUGGCUUCCUGCUCUGGAAACCAGACCAUGAAUCCCCACUCCCCUUCCCUUAACUCCUAGACAUGGACAAGCAAGACCAAGUCCCUAUAACAACAGCCACACAGGAAGGAAGAGAAGAAAUACGGCAGUUCUGUUUCUUAUAUAAUAACCUGCACUCUUACCACUAAAAGCUCUGAUGCCCAUCAUGGAUGUUCAGUUCUGGCCCUCCAAGGCUGUACUUUGAUCUUGACCUUCCUAGAGUUCCUCCUCUUUAGGAAUUAGGAGAAUGGCAGAUUCUGUUCUUGAAUGUUCCCUCAUGGACUGUGAAGUUGGGGAGCAGUGGGGGGAGACUGGCUGGCUAUCUGAGGGCCAACAAUGACCAGGUCUUUGCCAUCCCUGUCUUGAUGGGCUGUGGCUGUGGCUGACCCUGGGACCCAGUCCCAGUCCCUCACAGGGCCUGCACCAGCACCAGGAGGCUCAUGACCAGGGCCAUGGAGAAAAAGAUGCCCAGGAAGAAGCGGUCCAUCACACGGGCCAGGCGCUUCCAGUCCUCAUGGCGGCGCUGGGCAGCCCGGUGGCUGUGGAAGAUGUUGGCAAUGGUGGCUACAUGGUGCAAUAGGGCUUCCUGAUGGCACAGACACCGUGGCUCGUGGCAAGGGCCUGCUGGGGGACUAGCCCUUCCCUCAGGAGGCUGGGGGCUAGAGGAUGACUUGGGUGGCCUGGACAGCCCACAGGGCUCCCCUCGUUCCCGCACACACAAGCCCCAUGCCAGGUGUCCCAGCAGGAGGGCCCGGGCCCAGGCUGGCACUGGGCGGGCACUGGGACCACAAUAAUGCAGGUUCAUGAUAAGGAUGGUGAGUGCUGUGGAGAACGUGACCAUGGUCAUCGUGGCCAUGUAGUACUUCCCUACGAGAGAGAGAGCCAGUUGGGGCCCAAAACAAGAACUUGGGGAUCCUGGGCUUCCCAACCACUUCCACACAAAUAGUAGGAAACCCAUCAUGAUGUUCUCAGGACCUUCCAAGCCCAAAGGAUGGAAGCUGGAAGAAAGUAAGGGCCAAGUUCUCUCCAUCUCUCAUUCCCACAAGUGCGUCCUCAGAGUCUCCCUGCUUCCUACUGCAUUCCUUGCUGCUAGAGACUACACUCACACAAUCCAUCAAAGUCACACUCCCAAAUAGUUAUGCGCACAACCUGGGGCAAAACAUCUACCCUUUCUGUACAACUGGGCUGAUAACAAGAGAACCUACCUCAUAGGUUUGUGGUGAUGCUUACCUGAGUUAAUAAAUGUCAAGUGCUUAGGGGAGUGCCUGGCACAUAGCAAGCA